AUGGGAAAUUCUUAUGCGGGACAACUUAACUCAACGCGUUUUGAAGAAGUGUUGCAUAAUUCUAUUGAAGCUUCUCUCCGAUCCAGUAAUUUAGUCCCAAGGCCGAUUUUUUCACAGCUAUAUUUAGAAGCCGAGCGGCAGCUUUCAUCUCUAGAAGCAGGCAAUAGGGUAGAUAAUGAGGAAGAGGAGGAGGAGGAAGAUGAUGAUGGUGAUGAAGGUUCAGAAACAAGUAGCCCUCCUGUUACUUAUCAGAUGAAACCUGCACCUGAAGGUUGUUGCACUACCGAUGGUUUCUGUCAGACAGGUAAAGACAUCAGGCUAGCGUCCAUCUUGAAUGAACCAAUUGAAGUGCCCUCAGGAUUUUUACUGGUUGGUGCAAAGUCACCAACCUUGCCUGAACACCUUUUGGUGUGUGCUGUGGACAAGCGAUUCUUGCCUGAUGACAAUGGGCACAACGCCUUACUAGGUUUCUCUGGAAACUGCGUUGGCUGUGGCAAGAAAGGAUUCUGCUACUUUACUGAGUUCUCUAAUCAUAUCAAUCUAAAGCUGACAUCUCAGCCCAAGAAACAGAAACACUUAAAGUACUAUCUGGUCAGGAAUGCACAGGGCACGCUUACCAAAGGCUCUGCAAUCUGCUGGAAGGGGGCAGAAUUCCGAAACCGACACUCCUCCUCAAACACUUCUUCCCAUACGUUGCUUCAGCCUGCAGAGAAUACAGGCUCUUCAGCAACUGUCACGAACGAACCAUUUCUAGCAGCGCAUCCAGUCGGUCAAGCUGGAAUUCAUCAAACAACUCCUGACCACCUCCCAUCAGCUGCUUGCCAUCCAGCCUACAUUGGGAAAGACUCUUCCUAUCAACACUCGCUAAAAGGCAAUUUACCUUCUAUGACAAAACCACCCGCAUUAGGGACUUUAACAAACCCAGGACCUCCAAAGAAACGCCACAAAGGAUGGUCACCAGAGUCUCCCUCCUCCAACGAAGCCUGGAAUAUGCAGUCCAACUCACAAAUCCCAAUUAGAAAUAAAAAUGAUGGCGGCGGAGGGGUUUCCAGUUUGCCUCAUGCUACUCUGUUAGGACCAGCAUCUUCUCCAAUAGUGGCUUCUGGGGAGUCAGUUUCGGUUCCUGAAAACUUGCUUAAAACAUAUAAAGCAAAGCCAGUCAUAUUUAAAGGGCAUGGGAACUUCCCUUACCUUUGUGGGAACCUUAAUGAUGUCAUAGUGAGCCCUCUUUUGUAUACAUGUUAUAAGAAUGCACAGUCUCUGUCUAGGUCUUAUGAACAAUACGGAGCCUCCACUGUACAGCCAAUUUCAGAGGAAAUGCAGCUCUUGCUCACAGUGUACUACCUUGUUCAACUUGCUUCAGACCAGGUACCUUUGAUUGAGGAUUUGGAACAGAUCUUCAUGCGUUCAUGGCGGGAGAUGUACCUCUCUGAAAUCCGUCAGUAUCAGCAGGCCAUUCCCCAAGCUUUCCCUCACAUUCCUGGCCCCAUUGCCCCCGUCACAUCGGCUCAGCUCCCCUGGCUAGCAGGCCUGGCGGCCAGCUCAUGCAACGACAGCGUCCACAUCAUUGAGUGCAGCUAUUCGUUGGCCGAAGGGCUUUCGGAAAUGUUCAGGAUGCUCCUUGAAGGAAAGCUGGCAAAGACCAACUAUGUGGUGAUCAUCUGUGCUUGUAGAAACAGAGCCAUGGACUCUUGCAUUGUGGUGACAGGGAAAUAUCAAGCAAGGAUACUCUCCGAAAGCCUGCUCACUCCAGCAGAAUAUCAGAAAGAAGUUAGCUACGAGCUAGUUACGGGGAAAGGAGAAGUUCUCGGAGCAUUUUUCAGUUCUCUCUGCCCAGAUGGUGACCUCGAAGUUUUGUUGGAUAAAUAUUAUCAAGAAAAUAGGACCCACAUAUCAUCAUCUCUCUCUGCUUCCGCAAAUAAACCGGCAACCCUGGAUGUAACUGGAGCAGCUGUGUGUACAAGUUAUAACCUUGAGCGGCAUCAGAUCUGUCCUUUCCAGCUCACUGUGGCCCAGAAAUUGCUCUCCCAUGUAUGCUCCAUCGCAGAUUCCAGCACCCAAAACCUCGACUUGGGCUCCUUUGAGAAAAUAGAUUUCCUGAUUUGUGUGCCUCCUUCAGAAGUGACGUAUCAGCAAACCCUCUUCCACCUCUGGCGUUCAGGUGUUUUACUGGAGCUCGGCUUGCAGAAGGAACAUCUGACAAAAGAGCGGGUGGAACAAUACGUUGUAAAGCUUGACGCCGAUGCCCAGUUAAAGUUUAAAGCUUUCUUGCAGAACUCUUUGCAGAAUCCACACACCCUGUUUGUACUCAUCCAUGACCACGCCCACCGGGACCUUGUAAGCGCAGUUCACAGCCCGUACCCUCACUCGGAUCCAGCGGUGGGACUCGUGGACAGACUGCUGAAUUGUAGGGAGGUCAAGGAAGCUCCCAACAUCAUCACCCUUCAUGUGACUUCCUUUCCUUACGCAUUGCAGACUCAAUACACCCGCAUUAGCCCUUACAACGAAAUUCACUGGCCUUCGUUAUACAACAAUGGCAUGGACUUAUAUCAUGAAAACAAGAAGUACUAUGGAUUGCACGAAUUUAUUGAAUCCACACUUUCUGGACACAGUCUUCCAUUGCUUCGUUAUGACAGCUCUUUUGAAGCCAUGGUCAUGGCUCUGGGAAAAAGGUUUUCUCGGCUGCAUAGUGCGGUGAUAAGGACAUUUGUUCUUGUCCAGCACUACUCCGCAGCCUUGAUGGCCGUCUGCGGCCUCUCCCAGAUGAAAAACUACACCACCGUUGAAACUUUGGAGAUCACGCAGAACCUCAUCAACUCCUCCCAGCAGUGUCCCAGCGGACAUGGGCUGAUGGUGGUCUUAAGGAUCCCUUGCUUGCCAUUGGCUACGGUGGCUUAUGAACGCCUCAAGCACGUGAGGGAAAGGCUUGCUUUGGAAGGCCGUUUUGAAAUCAUCCUGGGGAAUCCCAACUCCGGAAUCAACAUUGGGAAGCACUUUGUGGAGCAACUCAAGAACUGGCAGAAAAUUGAAGAUGCUGAUUGGAAACCCCAGACAUAUUUGGAACUGGAGGGUCUACCUUGCAUUUUGAUUUUCAGUGGAAUGGAUCCUCAGGGAGAAUCUCUGCCAAGAUCCUUGAGAUACUGUGACCUACGGUUGAUAAACUCCUCAUGCCUGGUGAGAACAGCUUUGGAGCAAGAAGUUGGCUUGGCAGCGUAUUUUGUCAAUUCUGAAAUUACAGUUGAGAAAGGAGGAACCACCAAUGAAGUCUUGGAAAGUGACCCAGAAAAACUGAGCAGUACUGAUAAUGAGGAUGAAGAAAUAGUAACGGAAGGCUCAGCUUCCGAAAGAAAAAGCCCUGUGAAUAGGGACAGAUGUGGCUCUCGUGAUUCUGCCGAUUCUUCUCUCUCCUCAAAAGCUUCAAGUGCGCCAUUUUGCAGUGAAGCAUCUGCAAUGGAGGCAGAGAAAAUGUCACCUCAGCAGAUGUUAAGCAGCAGUAAUGAGGAGAGUGUGAACAGCACUGAAAAGCCAAGGCCCAAAGCGGAGAAAGAGCCUAAACAGACCACGAAAGCUGCUCAGGCUUCCAUCUCUUCAUCGUCACCCUCUCCUUUCUCGUCUUCCUUGGCUUCGUCUCUCCCCACCCAUAGUUCCUUGCCUCUGCAGGGCUCCCACUGUUCCAUGAGCAAAACAUCUCAGCAGCCUCCCAUCGUUUACCUCCCCAAACUGAUGUAUGACAUUGUGACCUCUGCCGACAGCACAGGUCUUCCCAAAUCCUCCUCCCUCUUGCCUUACCAUUCAGUAACGUGGGCAAGCUCUUUCCGGCCUCUCAUGAAUAAAAUGAUGACCUCCACAGAGCAAUCCCUCUAUUAUCGCCAGUGGACAGUUCCUAAGCCAAUCCACAUGGACUACAACAAUAGGAAUGAAGGGAGGAUGGACACUUUUCACCCAAGGAGGCUGCUGCUGAAUGGGCCACCCCAGAUAGGAAAGACUGGUGCUUAUUUACAGUUUCUUAGCGUUUUAUCUCGAAUGUUGAUUCGGCUGACGGAAGUGGAUGUUUAUGAUGAAGAGGAGAUCAAUGUUGAUGUGAAAGAAAAUUCAGAACAAUAUUCUCAGCCAGGUGACGUGUGGCCUGAUUUAGAAACAUUUAAAAAGAUGCCUUUUGAUUACACGAUCCACGAUCCAAAAUAUGAAGAUGCAAGCCUCAUUUGUUCAACAGUGCAGAAGACCAAAAGUGACGAUAGAUCAACAAAGAGAAAACCAGAGGAGAUGUACAUGCGCCGUCAGACAACACGGAUGAGAUUAUCCAAAUAUGCUGCUUACAACACUUACCACCAUUGCGAACAGUGUCAUCAAUAUAUGGGCUUUAAUCCCAGGUAUCAGCUUUAUGAAUCCACCCUGCAUGCUUUUGCCUUUUCCUAUUCAAUGCUCGGAGAAGAAAUUCAGCUGCACUUCAUUAUUCCUAAAUCGAAGGAGCACCACUUUGUCUUCAGCCAUCCAGGAAGGCAGCUGGAAAGUAUGAGAUUGCCUCUUGUCACAGAUCAGAGCCAGGACUACAUAAAGAGCCCUACUUUUACUCCUACCACAGGACGCCACGAACAUGGGCUUUUUAAUCUUUAUCACGCAAUGGAUGGAGCCAACCAUUUGCAUGUUUUGGUUGUCAAAGAGUAUGAAAUGGCAAUAUAUAAAAAAUAUUGGCCCAAUCACAUCAUGCUUGUUCUGCCAAGUAUUUUCAACAGUGCGGGAGUGGGAGCUGCUCACUUCUUAAUUAAAGAACUGUCUUACCAUAAUUUGGAGCUGGAACGAAAUCGGCAGGAAGAGCUCGGCAUUAAGCCUCAAGAUAUUUGGCCUUUCAUUGUCAUCUCCGAUGAUUCUUGUGUGAUGUGGAAUGCUGUUGAAAUUGAUUGUUCUGGGGACAGGAAAAGUGAAUAUACCUGGAGAGAAAAGAACAUUUCCCUAAAGCAAAUUCUUCAGCACAUGGAAUCCACUCCCAGUGUCACCCACUAUGCCUUGAUUGGCAUGAGGAAAUGGUCCAGUAAGACUAGGAGUGGAGAUAUCAAGGAGCCAUUCUCAUGUUGCCAUGUGCAUGACUUCAUCAUGCUGAACGUGGACCUGACCCAGAAUGUCCAGUAUAACCAGAACAGAUUUGUUUGUGAUGAUGUGGAUUUCAAUCUACGCGUCCGCAGUGCAGGCUUGAGGAUCUGCCGGUUCAAUCGAUUUAGCGUCAUGAAGAAACAAAUAGCGGUAGGAGGGCAAAGGUCUUUUCAUAUCAAAUCAAAGGUGUCAGAUAAUUUAAUGAGUAUUGGCUCAGCUCAAUAUAUAUGUGCCCCUGACAGCAAGCAUACAUUCUUGGCAGCUCCUGCUCAGUUAUUGCUUGAAAAAUACCUCCAGAAUCACAGCCAUCGCUUCUUCCCGCUUUCACUGAAGAAUUACAACCAGCCAGUACUAUCUGUGGAUUGUUACCUUAAUUUAGGACCACAGAUUGCCGUUUGUUAUGUUAGUUCCCGGCCUCAUUCCCUGAAUGUCAGCUGCUCCGAGAUGCUGUUUAGUGGACUCCUGCUGUAUCUCUGUGAUUCCUUUGUUGUAGCCAGCUUCCUGAAGAAAUUCCACUUUUUGAAAGGUGCCACCUUAUGUGUGAUUUGCCAAGAUAGAAACUCCCUUCGCCAAACAGUUGUCCGGCUGGAACUAGAAGAUGAGUGGCAAUUCCGACUAAGAGACGAGUUUCAAACUGCCAAUGCCAAAGAAGACAAGCCCCUCUUCUUUUUGACAGGACGACAUAUUUGA